UCCAUAUAAAAUCCCAAAACAAUUCACAUCUCUCUCUCUUACCAAUUUCCCACAAACAAAAUGUGCCCAUCUUAUCACGUUCCCACAAUAAACAAAUAACAUCUCUCAUAUAAAAGGUGUCCACUUAACAAGUACCCACAAACAAUUAACAUCUCUCUCUCUCUCUCUCUCUAUCUAAGCCUCGAGAGAAACAAACCUUCAUGACGAAAAGUAGUAGUUCGCCUACAAAGGAGCAUGAACAAGAAGGCAGUGAUACCGACAAUGGCUACCCAGAGACUAUUUCGGGCUUUUUGGCCAGUGGUUGUGGUUGUUUUAGGCUGUUCUGCUUUGAACGGCAGCGAAGCAACGAUGGAGAAGCUAGGCGUUUGUUGGAACAGGAAGGAGAGCACAAGGAAACAUGGUUGGUGAACAACCUUAAAAGAUUGAAGGAGGCCUCAGAGCUAUUAGCAGGCCCUAAGUGGAAGAAGUUUGUCAGAAGGCUCAGCAAGUACUUCAACAAGAAGAAAAGGAGGACACAGUUUCAAUAUGAUCCGCAGAGCUAUGAUCUCAACUUUGACCACGGCCUUGAUGGGGAAGGUGAUGGCUUGUUGCUUGGUUUCUCAUCGAGGUUUGCCAGUCAUUUUUCCAGUAAUGAACUGCAAGCUUGUUUGUGAUGAUUGUGGUAUAUGCUCUUCAACUGAUGUGAUUACAAUCAUAGAGAGAACACUUAUAUAUAUUGGAUUAUAAAUGGUAAAAACUUCAUAUAAUUCCAUAUUUGUUUUUCUUGAAAAGAAUGUCUAAUGCAAUUUUGCCAAAUUAAACCUGUACGACUAUUUAAUCCUAUUGCCAUUCAGUACUCCCAUUCUAACCCAUAUGCAGCUACAGAAAAAAGGAUCAAUGGGGAGUUGACCAAGAUGGAUCAGAUCAACUCAACCUAUCCCGUGAAAUAUUCUCACUAGUCUCCACCAUAUGUUGGUGUUCUACAACUAUUGAAUAAAAGACAAAGAUACAUGCUGGUCCUUGAGGGAAAAUUAAGCCACCCUCUUGGAUGGUCGGAGGGCCAAAGUCCCUCCCUUCAACCUUUCCUCAUAAAGAAGAUAAAAUUUAAGAAGCCAACUUCUCCGCCACCAAAGACCAGUCCAUUAUCUCUAAAAGCCACAGAGGUGUACUUGUUCGACCUAAUCCAACUUUCUCUAAUGAUAAGAUAUAUACACCAAGUCAUAAAUCGAAUAGGUUGAACAUCCUUCCCUAUUUUCAAUUUUUUUACCCCUAUGAAUCAAACGAUAGUUAUGGUCAUCAGAUUAAAAAACAAUGAAAAGUCAGCU